UCUAUCCUAUCAUAUGAAUAGAAUAUAUUUAAUUAUUUUACAGAUAUCUCAAUGGAAGUUGACAAUACCACAGACAAAGAAAAGAAUGAAAAAGAUAAUGAAGAGAAAAAGAAUCCAGGUCCGAAUCCCUUAUUACCCUGCAAAGAAUCGUUUGAGAAAUCCGGUCAAAAAAUGACAUUGGAAAUCAGAUAUGCUGAACUGAGAGAUAGAAAAGUAUUAGGAGCUGCAAAGAGAAGCAAAUAUUACAUCAACCAUGGAAACCCAAAUUAUGGAGGAACUAAAGGAUUGCUUAGCUCAGCUUUUCGAAAAAGAUACCAGAUGAGCCACGCACGAAAUGAGCUCAUGAACAUGAAUGUUCCAAUCACUAACUCACGUCGUGAUAAUAAUGAUGAUAGUGGUGAUUCAAAUCACUACCGAGGAAAAUGGAGCAGGAGGAAUAAGAUGAGGAGUGAUGAUGUAGAAGAGGAGGAUGGAAAGAGCAAAGAGGAACUGGAAGAUGAUCAGUUGAUGAAAAGCUCAGCAAAGGAUUUAACGGAUGCUAUCCCAGUAAAUGAUUCUGGUGACGAUUCAGAUGGCUUUGGAACUAUGGUUGCAGACCAGGUUGCUAAAACUGUUAAAGAAGCCAGAGAAAUGAAAGAGAGGGGAAACUUCCAUUUGCAAGUGACUACUUCUAACUCUAACAUUCAUUCAAGACUUGGUAAAAGAUCUCAUUCCUCUGUAUCAAGGGACAAAAAUGUGUUGGACCGAUUACCAACUGCUCUGCGCAACCGCCUUGGAAACAAACGUUCAAAAGAUUCUUCACAAGACAACAACAGUUUCCGCUCUCGUGAUCGCUACCAUGAUCACCGCAAUCACAGCCAUAGAGACUCUGAAAAGUUCAAAAGAGUGAAAGAAGAAAAAGACAAUUCAUCUCCGAUAACUAGAACAAUAAAAAGUGGGAGAGAAUCACGUUCAUUAAAACGUUACAGUCCAACGCCCUGGGACAGCAGUGAUGAAGAUUUAGAUAUGUUUUGAUAUCUUUCCUAAUUUGAUCAAGGCAUUAUUGCUGUGUGUAGACAGCUCUGGCCUAAAUCUCAGGUCUUCUAACGUCUUAUCCUGUAGGACCGAGCAAAUUUCUAUAAUUUGAUCAGCUUUUAACCAUUAUUGCUGUAUGUGGACCAGCUGUGGCCUAAAUCUCAGGUCCUAUAACCCCUAUGCUGUAGGACCUCACCCAUGUAGAAUAGAAUCAAUAAUGUUUGAUUAUCAUGCUAUGUGUACAGCUAUUUUAGCGGGCUAUUGAGAUUUUAAUGUAUCUUAUAUUUUCGCUUUUUUAUGAUGGAAUUCCAUACCUUUUGGAAUACCGAAGAGUCAUAUGACAAUUAAGACGUUGAAAUGUUGAAUUGAGUAACUGAAAGCCUUUAAAUUUGAUUAAACAAUCAUAAUUAUGUUUCUUCUGGUGUCACAAUUUGUAAAUCUGCUUUCAAAAUGUUUCUACUUUGUAUAGUAUUGUUAUGUAUGACAAAUAAAAGACACAGAACGUUAGAUGAA